GGUGGUGCUGAAAGAACAGCUCCCAGAAAAUCUGUGGCAGCUCAUCUAUACAAAGCUCCUGCAAAAAGACAGAGAGCAGUUCUCAGUUUUGGAGCCAGUGUACAGCCAUGACCCUGGUGAGUUGUGCACCUUUGAGUUCAGCCUUGGGACAACAACUUCAACUUCAUCAUUUUCCGAAAUCAUGAAGAGGCAAAACGUACGAACCCUUGCUCUAAUUAUUUGCACAUUUACUUAUUUGCUUGUGGGCGCUGCAGUCUUCGAUGCAUUGGAGUCGAAGCAUGAGACGCUAGACAAAAAGGAAAUGGGAGAGAGGGAAAUCAAACUUAGGACAAAAUACAACCUAAGCGAAGAAAACUAUAAAGAACUCGAGCUCGUGGUCCUGAAACUUAAGCCUCACAAAGCCGGUGUUCAGUGGAAGUUUGCUGGAUCUUUUUACUUUGCAAUCACUGUGAUAACGACCAUAGGCUAUGGUCAUGCAGCUCCAAGUACAGAUGGAGGGAAGGUUUUUUGCAUGUUCUAUGCUUUGCUUGGGAUACCUCUCACAUUGGUCAUGUUUCAAAGCCUGGGCGAGAGAAUUAAUACUUUUGUCAAAUAUCUUUUGCAUCGCAUCAAGAAGUGCCUUCGGCUGAAGAAGACAGAGGUCUCAAUGGCCAACAUGGUUACUAUUGGAUUCUUCUCCUGCAUCAGUACUCUUUGUCUUGGUGCUGCUGCCUUUUCCCAUUAUGAAGACUGGAGUUUUUUCCAUGCUUAUUAUUACUGCUUCAUUACACUAACGACAAUUGGUUUUGGGGAUUAUGUAGCACUGCAGAAGGAUGAGGCCUUGCAGAAUAAUCCACAGUAUGUGACGUUUAGUUUUGUGUACAUUCUUACUGGUCUGACUGUCAUUGGAGCCUUUCUUAACUUGGUAGUUUUGAGGUUUAUGACCAUGAAUGCAGAAGAUGAAAAGCGUGAUGCAGAACACCGAGCACUGUUAACAAGAAAUGGCCAUGCUAGUGUGCAUACCACUGACACGUCUUCAUCCACUGGUGGAUUCCGCAAUGUGUAUGCAGAAGUGCUUCAUUUUCACUCUAUGUGUUCUUGCCUUUGGUAUAAGAGUAGAGAAAAACUGCAAUAUUCAAUUCCUAUGAUUAUCCCAAGGGACCUGUCCACCUCUGAUACUUGUGUGGGACAAAGUGACUCUUCUCCUUGCAGGUUUACUGAAAUGCCUUCAAAUGGCUGUAUGUGUAAUAGACAGAGGUCUGCAAUUAGCUCUGUCUCCACUGGAUUACAUAGCCUUUCUGCAUUUCAUGGGCUAAUGAAGAGAAGAAGCUCCGUUUAACAAGUAGCCAUCACAGAAUUGAACAAAAGGAACACCAGCAAAUACUAACAAAAAUUUAUUUUUAUGAUAUUUAAUUGAUAUUGUCAUUAAGUAUGACAUAUGGUAUGAUAAAAUAUUGGUCAUAUACUUUAAAAUGUUUUGAAAUUGCAUUAUGAAGUGCUAAAUUCAAGAUAGUGCUUGCCAGAGCUUUUGCACCAUGACAUCUGUUGUACUACCAUGAACGCUACUCUUAGACUAAGGAUUUAUUUAUAUUUCCUUCUUAGGCACAGAUUAUUACUAGUUUAUCUUCUAAAUUGGACAUAUCUGGUCUUUAAUUAAUCUAAAUCAAAGAAAUAUACUAUAUUGCCAGAAAAUGUGUUAUUUUGAAGAUUUGUUAUAUUACAUACUUUUUCACGUGUCACUGGAAAAGUCUCCUUUUAUGAUGUCAUAGUGAUCAGAUAACACAUUAUUGCUCACAUCCUUCAUGCCUUUCGAUUGCUUUUUGCAAUCACACAGAGCUAACAUAGACUAAUGCUGUCAAACCAUUGCUUUUAUCAGCAUGUUCCGUGCACUUUAUGCAUUUACUUUAUUUGUUGAAGGAAUGAAUCAUUAUCAAGAGGAAGCAAGUGUUACAUUAACUGCUUUGUUUCUCUCUGGAGUUCAGUGCUUGUACUACUUUUAUGUGAGUGGACAUAGGAGCCAUUUCAAGUUUGUCAGUCAGUUCUGAUGAAUAAAUAAAUCAUUAUUAUUGGGAUAGUGGCAAUAGUUCUACAAACAAAUGGAAUGAAAUAUCUGUCCCUUGCUUAUUCAUGAUGUUUUAUGGAAAUAAAACAAAGCUCACAACAGUAGGAAUUUAUUAAAUAUAGCAUAUUUUCUGUAAAGUAAUAGUAUUGAGGCAUUUUGCUGGUCACAUAAUAAAUAGCUUCACAACAAAUGUUCUUAUGUGUCACAUCUGCUCAGUUUAUCACCAAUCAAAAUGGCCAAAAACAGAAUUACUAGUAGUGUUUCCAUCCAGGAUUUGUAUUAAGCCACAAACUUUGUAUGUCUUUCAUCUUAUGGACCCAGCAGAAUAGAUAAUGUAUAUAUAUUCUUUGGCAGUGAUACAGUCAGAAGUGAAAUUAAAUCCCUGUUGUUUUGCAUCAUUCUAAGCUUCAUCACUCAGGUUCACAUAUACAUUUAAUCCAAACAAUUCUGUUGCAGAUGAUUUGCAUGAUGCCUUAUUUUUUUUUUAACUGUGAGUUCUUAUCCUAACUGAACAUGACUUAAUGAAAUACAUUAAAGCAGUUAAUCUACAAGUUAUCACAAGCCUGUCAGGUACAUUUUUAUUAUGAGUUUUGAAAUUUCUAAUUAAGAAAAACAGUGGAAAAUUCUCAAGAAUUAUUAUCAGGUACAGUACCAUUGAAUACAUUCACAGUAGAUUCAAAGGAGGCUAAAUAAUAAAUACAAUAAAAAAUGGAAAAUAUAAUUUAUAUUGUUGGUCUUAAUUCUUGCUAAUGUAAAAUGACAAAUAAUACAUUGCUAAGAUUUUUAUGCACAGUUAUUCAAAUCUAAGUUUAUAGCUUUAAUUGUCAUGUAUGAAUAGGCUUAGAAAAGUGAAAGUUUCCAUUUUACGUUAACUUCUCAGAAUUAAUGCAUUUUUAAAAUGAUACAGCAGUAGUUUUAUUUAUGACUGUUCCAACAAAAGCUUUUGAAAUGAAACUUAGUUUUGCAAGUUCUUCAUGAGCUCUUUAGCUUGAAGCAAAGAGAUGAAUCCACUUUUCUUAUUCAACUAGGAUGCCUAGGUUAAGUUCUCAGAAUUGUUUUACCUCAAAGGAGUUUCUAGGGCAUCACAGAAGACUUGUUUCUAUUGUGUUUUCACAAAACUACCAAAGAGUGAAAUAAAAUGUAAUAAUCACGAUGUGCUAUCAUAAAGCCAGUCAUUUUGUGCAAUGAAUAAUAAUAUAAUAAUCAAAUCAAUUUAUUAUUUUUGUAUUUCUGCUUGUGACAACUCAUUUUUUCUGGCUUCAGUUUUUGGUUGAAAAGCUCAGUUAAAACAGACUUGCUGAAAUCAUUAAAUAAGAAAUUUCCCUUACUGUAAAAGAAGUAUUUAACAGUUUUUUAAAUGCACUGUGGUUAUUCUUGAACAGCCUGGAUUAAAAGAAUUAUUAUCCA